UGUAAUAUCAACGUUGGCCCAAUCAAAUAUUCAUGUCGAGAACAAUAAUGGUCCAAGUGGCGUUGUGGGGUCUGUCUGAAGUGGCAGGAUCCAACUUGCAGGUACCGGAAAAAGCUGGACAAGAGAGGAUUCAAGUAAAGGAUUGAGUUCUAUCCACUUGGGACCCACCGAGUCCACAAUCUUUUCUUUAAAGGUUGAGCCUUGCUUUAUGGGGUGAGGAGAGAAGAGAUCCUGUUUUGUGGAAUUUCAAGGCAGCCCUCUUCUCUAGCCAAAUCUAUCUUUUCCCACAACAUAAAAUCAUCCCUUGAUUCUUUCUCCCUUUCUUUCCUCCCUUUACCCAGCUAGUAGCAACUGACCAUUACCCUUUUGUUUUUAACUAUGAGUUCUCCAUUAUUGUAUGCUGUUGUCAGUAUCGUGUCGUGUUUUUUUCUUGUGGCCACCUGAUUUUCUGCUCCCCGUUUGGUUUAAAGUUGAGCUAAAUAUCUUCUGGGCUGUCCAUUUGCACUCUAGAAAGUUUUGAUUUUUUUGAGGUCAGCUGCUUUUGGCUACUUGUAAAAUUUGUGUUUUUGACAAUAUUCUUUUCAUGUUCUCCUGUUGUUUGAUUUUGGUUUUCAAUCUGGAGAUUUGCUUUUUUUGAGAGUAACUCGAAAAAAAUUGUAAAUUCUUCAAAGAGUAGCCGCCUUUUGCCAUAUGGCUUGGCCUGCUCUCUCGUUUUUUAUUCAUGGUUGAAUUUAUCCUCCAAGCUUGCUUUCUGGACUACGUUGAUAUUUGGGUACUUGUACAAUAGAGUAAAUUCAAAAAGCAUUUUUUUAAUAAAAAAAGAAAAAUAUUUGAUUCUGGGUGACCCACUGUUUUCUUGAUCAAGGAUUUUAAUUUGCUAUCUAGAUAGGCAUAUAUAUAUAUAUAUAUAUAUUUUUUUUUUAUAGUGAAUCUUGCUUAAAAAGGAUGGUGUUUGGAUAUUGCUGUGAAUUUGCUGAAAGAAUAAGUAUAUUCGUGUAGAGCAAAAAAAAGUGGAAAAUGAGAGGGGCAAAGGAUGAGGAAAAGAUGACGAGUCCUAUGUUUCCAAGACUUCAUGUGAAUGAUGCAGAGAAAGGAGGGCCGAGGGCACCUCCAAGGAAUAAGAUGGCCCUGUAUGAACAGCUCUGUAUUCCUUCUCAAAGGUUUAGCUCUGGGUCAGGGUCCAUGCUGCCUGUUCUACCUAACAACGGCAGCAGCUUGGCCCCUUCAAUCUCCUCUAGCCAUGGGACUGGCCAUGAAAGGAGUGUUUUUACUCCAGUUAGUAACUCCCCAACACCUUUGCAUUUGACUGAGAAGCUUUUUUAUUAUUCCUCUGGAGGAGUUAAGUCAAGCGCUCUGAUGACAAGUCAAGAAGAAAAAUUGUGGAAUACAAAUGAUCAAAACUUGAAUACCUCACGGCCAUUGUCAUUCAGUGCUACUUGCAAUUCAUUUCAAUCACAUAAGGUCUCCGACAUUAAGAACUUUUCAUGGAAGAAGCUUGGAGAUGAAAAUGACUCUAGAUUUCAUAGCUCUGCCCAGUCAGGAUCAAAUCUUUCUUGUAACAACAGUCAGUACAGUAAAGAUCAAGAAAAUCAGCAUUGUUUGAACUUGAGCUUCUCUGUGCAAUUUCAAAAUACUUCUGAAACCCAGAAGAAAAAAACUGGCACCAUAAAUGUAAAGGAAAUAGACCAUAUGAGAAUACAAAUAGAAGACAAUGGAAAAGUAUUUGAGGCUUGUCAGAAUUCCAUGGAAAAAUUUGCUACAGUCACAUCAAUUAAAGAUAAACCUUCAGUAUCAAGCUCAUCAGGCAAAAUUAGUAGUACCAAAUCAUUAAAGCGAACAUAUUCAUCUUCAAAUCAAGAGUAUAGAAAGAAUUCAGUGAAUGUCCUCAAAUGCUUACCUGGUACAAAUGAACAGUUGAAUCAAGAGCUUGUCACAAUGCCCGACAAGACUGUCAUCGGGGAUAAUAUUUUGGUGGAAUACAGAGUUGUCACAGGCAAGGAAAAUCCCUCCAAGGUGAGAAGUGAAUUAUAUUCAAGGGCAUUGCUUCAAGAUGAUAACAGAAAUCGUUGUGGGCUUGAGAAAAGAAGCAAGUACCGUGAAGACAAGCAAUCUGGGUCGUUGAAAGCAGGAGAUCUUGAAAGGAAUGAUGAUGCUGCAGAAACUUCCAUGGUGGACUCCGUAACUGCUCUGGAGAUUACUCCUGAUGAUGUUGUAGGAGUAAUAGGUGAGAAACAAUUCUGGAAAGCAAGAACAGCUAUCGUCAAUCAACAAAGAGUCUUUGCCGCGCAAGUAUUUGAGUUGCAUAGACUCAUAAAGGUUCAAAAAUUGAUUGCUGGAUCUCCACAUCUAUUGCUUGAAGAUAACCUUUAUGUGGGAAGAGCUUCCUUGAAGGUAUCCCAGAUCAACAAGGUACCGUCUAAGUGUGCCAUGGUUGAUAAACCAAAAGAUCAUUCACAAAAGCAGCAUACGAGCGCUGACUUUGCAGGAGAGAAUGUAGUUGGGAAGCUUCCCCUUCCUUCCACUAAUGAUGAAACUAGUAAAGAACCUAUUAGCCAGCGAUCAAAUUAUUCAGGAAGUGCACCACCAGCUCCUGUGGCUACCACCGCCAAACCAUCUCCAUGGUGUUAUCCACCACCAGGAAAUCAGUGGCUGGUGCCUGUCAUGUCACCUUCUGAGGGACUUGUUUACAAGCCCUAUGCAGGACCAUGUCCUCCAGUUUCUAGAUUCAUGGAACCAGUUUAUGGCAGCUGUGGUCCAAUCAGCCUUGCUCCAGGUGGCGGAGACUUUUUGAAUGCAGCAUACAGUGUUUCAGCUUCUAACCAUGAAGAAAUUGGUAUCCUUCCUGGAAACCCUCAUUUUGGGCAGACUUUCUUUCAACCAUUCGGCAUGCCAGUCAUGAACCCAUCAAUAUGCGACUCUGCAGUAGAGCAGAUUCGCCCUCGCAUUGGACCACAGUCAAAGGACAAUCAGUUAGCAGUUGGAGACGUUAAUUUCAACAUCCCUCUUCAGAGUUCAUGUAACAUGUCAAACCAGAUGAGCAGAGUGAUCUCCUGUUGUGUUGAGAAUUUUCAAGGAUUAAAAGAAAGUGAGAUCCAGGGAAGUUCUGCAGGAAGUCUCUCUAAGAUGCCCAAAGCAAAUGCACUUCCUCUUUUUCCGAUGGAACCAACACUUCAAGCAUCCUAUCCAAAUGCACAAACAAAUGAGCAGCAGGCACGUGUGAUUAAGGUUGUACCUCACAACCGUAGAUCAGCAACUGAAUCAGCUGCCCGAAUUUUCCAAUCCAUACAAGAAGAGAGAAAACAGUAUGAUUAG